AUCACUUACUCGUGACCGGCGCGGCCAAAUGUCAAUAUAGUCUCUCUUGGAACUGCGCUGAGAACGCGCGCGUAAACAAUCGAGAUUCAAACACGAAUCGAAAGAAUCGAACUCGAAAAAAAUAGCGAACACUAACCGAACAAUUCAAUAAUAAUAACUCUGUGAUAAAGUGAACCAGCUUCAAACAUUUCGAUUAAUCGAAUUGAAAUUUUGAAUCGAUUGUUUCCAGUGCAGUUGACAUUUUGUUUAUAUAUUUUUAUUGAUAAUUACUAGGAAAGGUGAAGCUGAGUGAAUGUGGUUCCAUCGUCUUCGUCAUUGUAUCGAUGAUUAAAUAGUGGGAAUUACUUUUUCGAUGCAAUUGUUCGAUUGACAAUUUCCUCUAGUAAUUAGUCGUUAUCGAUUGUUUCUCGAUAAGUGAGUAAUGUUAGUUUGAGGGACUGUGUGUGUGCAUCAUGGCUUGUAAACGUAUUUUGUUGGUGUGUGCUUCCUUGCUCUGUUUGCAGUUUGCUGAAGUCAAUGCACAGAGUGACCUGAAGCCUAGAGUGCCGCUGACGAGGUUCACAUGCUUAGGCCGAGGAUCGGGAUACUAUGCUGAUGUGGAUACCGGCUGCCAGGUGUACCACAUGUGCGACGGGCUGGGUCGCCAGUUCAGCUACAAGUGCCCCAAUAUGACGCUGUUCCAGCAACGCAUGUUGAUCUGUGACCAUUGGUAUAUGGUCAACUGUUCCAUGUCCGAGAGAGACUAUACUGCCAACCUGCUUAUAGGUCAACGUGACAAGCCGUUCGUGUCAGACGAGGAGAUGCGCUUGCGCACACCACGACCGGACAUCUUGUCUGCACCGCCAUACAACCCCUACUAUGACAUCUUUAGGGAGGCUGAGACUAAGUUCCCGGUGCACCCAAGCAACAGCAUCGUGGGUGUUGCUGACACCAUCUCUGACAUUGACAACAAUGACCUCGAUAGCGGCAAGCAGAACUACAGGCCACCGACCUCGUGGUCCACUGGCACCGGACGCAAGUUACGCAACAAGCCUAAGACCCCCAGCAGCUCCAACAGACAGCCUGAUAGCCUCGAUGAAGCUGCUUCACAAGAACCUGAUGCAGAAUAUAGACCAACACCCAGCACUAACUUCUCGCAGACCAAAUCAGUACCAUCUGUCACCCCACCCUCAAUAGAACUAGUCCCACCUGCAGCCCCCACAAAGGAAACUACAAUCGAAGACUCUAGUGUGCAACCCACUGCAGAUUCCGUCUUUAAAUUCAUCAAACGAUUUGACCCCACAUCUCCUGAUGUACACCAAACUGCUAUGUCAAAAUCUGAGAUAUUAGACUUAAAUAAACAACUACCAGAUGGGCCAGCUACCUCAGAAGAAGACAGGACCCCCAGGAAAAAUAAGAACUUCGGCAACAAUUUGAAUACCUUUCAAACUGAAAAUGAUAAGUCAUUCUCAGCAAGUCCAAAAUUCAACUCGGUGAAUGUCAAGCCAACUGCGACUCCUGAAGAAGAGGCCCCAAAAGUUGAAAAAAACAAUGGUAUCCCAGAACCUGAGAGAGAACUUCAGCCUCCAAAGUUUGACCCUCCCACGCUUCCAUCAACAACUGUAGGCCCACCGAUCUACUAUGAAUGGAAAUGGGCUGUCCCUGCAUUUGAUUUAGUACCUCCAAAAGAAGACAACAGAACUAACAGCGUAAAUGUCCAGCAGACGAGGUCAAUCCAACAAGGAAAGAGUCCGUUCAGCAGCGUGACGAGACCUGAGCCAAAGACAACGACUCCUGAACCAAGCAACACGGAGUACAACAUCAGUUCUUACUUUGUUCCUGACUACGUGUUUCCAUUAGAUAAGCCGCACCCAGGAUACGAGAGUGAUGAUGCUGAGACAUCCUUCCAAGUGAAGGUGGCUAGACCAGGGAGACAGAGCUAUGGGGAGAAUCCCAAAUGUCCCCAGUGCCACCCUGCAUACCUCAAAGAAGGUACUUGCGAACCGUGUAUUGUAAAGCGGUAACAAAUUGAACAUAGUCGUAAUUUUAAGUCCGUUACAAUGUCACCGAAGAACUAUAGAUAAUAUGAAUCAAGUUGCUCGUUCUUGUAUUGUUGUUUCGUUUGUCUGCAAUAUGAAGGAAGUCUUUGUAAUAUUAUAUUUCUUCAUACAGUUUUAAGUAAGUUAUUAACGCUGUUAUAUUUUAGUUUUAAAAGCCAUAUUGUAUAGUAAUUCCGAUGCCUUGUUGUACGAUGGUGUUAUUGUUACAAAGAAUUGUCUAUUCAGUGUUUUUGUACCAUUUCUAUAUACCUACCUAUAAGAGAAUCCUAAAUACCAUAGUAAAAUGAUAGUAAAUGUCUGCGUACUGAUACGUAACUAAAUUAGAAACCCACCAAAAUGGGAACCUCUUAGGCGCCUCUAAAAAUGUUUUAGCACGCGCGCCUUCCACGCCCUCCUUGGCGCCUUAGGCAAUAGCUUAGUUCGUCUUAAGGAAUAUAUUCUGGCUAAUGGCUCUGCUCAUGUGAAUUAAAUUUAAUCUCAAUUUUGCAACCAUUAUCUAAAUGUUUAUUGAUACCUAAUUAACACAUAGAUUAUAAACACAUUUGAAAAUCCCAGAUCUGUAAAUUCCAAAAUAUCACCUGUCAUUUGACUAGCACAGUAAAUAAGAAGAGGCAUAUAGCUACAUACCUACAUAAGUACUUUCAAUAAUAAUUAUUGUAAUCGUGUGAGUCUCAAUGUUAAAGCCUAAUUGAGACAAUGAUAGAGUUAUACCUAACAAUAUUCACUUACGUACCUACAUAUUUACUUACUUCUGACGAAUGUUACCGUACCUACCUACCUGCUGAAUUUGUAUAAAACUAGUAC